CGGCGCGCGGCUGGACCGAGUCCCGCUUCCCGCCAGCUCACCCAGAGUCGGGGGCAGCCCCUGCCAGCCCGCCUGCACCCCUUGUCUCUCUAGCUUGCCCGAACAUGCCGCUCCUCCAAGCCUAGGUAGUGAGCCCCGCGGCUCCAGGUCUCUGCAGCGCCCUCGGCCCCAUGGACAGCGCACCCGUCACCACUCCCUAAGUGCUGGCGCCGCCGCCGGCGUCCAAGCUGCGCACUGGGGUCCCUCGGCUUGCCCCUCUCUGGGGUGUCCGAGAGGCCGGGGAGCGUGCACCAUGAAGUCCGUGCUGUUCACCCGCUUCUUUAUCCUCCUGCCCUGGAUCCUAAUUGUCAUCAUCAUGCUCGACGUGGACACGCGCAGGCCCGCGCCCCCGCUCACCCCGCGCCCCUACUUCUCUCCCUACGCGGUGGGCCGCGGGGGUGCCCGACUCCCGCUCCGCAGGGGCGGCCCGGCUCACGGGACCCAAAAGCGCAACCAAUCUCGGCCGCAGCCACAGCCGGAGCCGCAGCUGCCCACCAUCUAUGCCAUCACGCCCACCUACAGCCGCCCGGUGCAGAAAGCGGAGCUGACCCGCCUGGCCAACACGUUCCGCCAGGUGGCGCAGCUGCACUGGAUCCUGGUGGAGGACGCGGCGGCGCGCAGCGAGCUGGUGAGCCGCUUCCUGGCUCGGGCCGGGCUGCCCAGCACUCACCUGCACGUGCCCACGCCGCGGCGCUACAAGCGGCCCGGGCUGCCGCGCGCCACUGAGCAGCGCAACGCGGGCCUCGCCUGGCUGCGCCAGAGGCACCAGCACCAGCGCGCGCAGCCCGGCGUGCUCUUCUUCGCUGACGACGACAACACCUAUAGUCUGGAGCUCUUCCAGGAGAUGCGAACCACUCGCAAGGUCUCCGUCUGGCCUGUGGGCCUGGUUGGUGGGCGGCGCUACGAACGUCCGCUGGUGGAAAAUGGCAAAGUUGUUGGCUGGUACACCGGCUGGAGAGCAGACAGGCCUUUUGCCAUCGACAUGGCAGGAUUUGCUGUAAGUCUUCAAGUCAUUUUGUCCAAUCCAAAAGCUGUAUUUAAGCGUCGUGGAUCCCAGCCAGGGAUGCAAGAAUCUGACUUUCUCAAACAGAUAACAACAGUCGAAGAACUGGAACCGAAAGCAAAUAACUGCACUAAGGUUCUCGUGUGGCACACUCGGACAGAGAAGGUUAAUCUAGCCAACGAGCCAAAGUACCACCUGGACACAGUGAAAAUUGAGGUAUAAAUUGAAGCAGCAACUGGUGCAGUUUGCCCAGCCAGUGGAUCCAUAUGGAAGAGGAUGUUUGGAGUUUAGGCUGCAGAGCAUUCAGGUAUUGUUUGUUUUACUUCAGUACAACAGCCUUUCUUGUCAUCUGAUGGACAUCUGUUUAAAUGGAGCUUGUCAGUUAACAUAAGCUAAUUGGAUGGUUGGUACAAAAUGUAUGUUUUGUCUUCAUUUGUUCUGCAUGUUUUCUCUACACCUAAAUUGGAAGAUUUUUGUACAGUGCCGAUACUGCAAGAUACCACUCUGAGUAUAUUAUAUAUUUUUCUUUUUCUCCAAUCUGCCCUUAUAAUUGGUAGACUUGAACAGGUUUUUAAAACAGACAAGUAUUUUGUCAGCUAAACGUUCCUGAUUCCUGACUUUGCAACACUAAGUAAUUUUUGGAAGGUUAGUGGCAGUAUACAUCAUAGGAAAUAAAAACCCACAAAUGAAAAGGUCUAUGGAGUCAUCUGUUUAAUGUAGGGAAAUAACAUUUUGUCAAUACUAGGCACCAUAAAAUGUAAACACAAUUACUGUCAUAAACCUGGAUAUACCUUCAAGGAUUGAAAGUGGCUUUUAGUUACCCUGUUUGCAUAUAGUGCAGAAAAAGGUCUUCGUGUUAGCACUAUGUACAUUAAGAAGAGAUCCAAAUUACAAGAGAGGCAGAUAAAAUUUGAAUUCUUUAAAUAUUCAUUAAACUAAGUUUUGGAGUAAUAUCCAGGUUUAUCUUCCUUUCACUAACCACGUUCCCUGUUAAGCACAUCAUAACAACAGCACGGUGAAGUGAAUGAUGAAAUAAAAGAAUUUUGAUACACUAGAAAACAGCGCUCAGUGAGACAUUUACAUUCUAUUUAUAUGAUUAAACAUUUGAUCAUACAGUACCUUCCUACAGGAUUACUGGCUAAUUUUGGGGUGGGGUUUAUACUGUUAGAGGUAUUACUAACAUGAUAACUACUUCCCUUAUGUGCAAACAUUAGAGCUAUAAUUUUAUUGAGAGGAAAACUGAUUUUGCAAGUUGAGCAGCUUCUCAAAUAAUGCAGUAUAUGAAAUCAUGGGAAAUAUGAGCAAAGCUGCCCUUGACAUAAAAUGGUUUAUCAACCUGCUUUUCACCACAUAAAAUUGAAUCAGUACAGACCAA